CAGGGUGCAGCAUUUGAUAGUGGCUUGCCGGAUCCUGCCGGGUCACCACAGGCACGUUGGGAAAUUCGGUCACGCAUGUGGUUGGGCUGGGCCUCCGAGCUGCCGCGUUUGGUUGGAGGAGGUUCCCUUGGAGUGUGGUUCCCAAGUUCUCUGGUUGGACUCGGACCCACUUCAGGAUUCUUAUGCACUUUGUCACGUGGCCUUAGCUUCCAGUCCUUACUCUGGGUCACCAGCCUGCCCUGCUGGAUUUCCUGAGGACUGAGGAAGAGGCCCUGCACUUGCGUCCCGGGGUUGGGAUGGCUGUCCAGGCUGGGAGUCUCUGCGAUUAGGGCUUUUCAACCUCCUGCCCUGAGGUUCCCGGAAGCACCAAGGCAGAGAGCACUCUGUUGAGGGAUUGUUGCUAACUUCGUGCUUAGGGAGGAGGUGUCCUGGUGUGAUUGCAGGUGUCAUGGCUGUGCUGAGGGGUUCUCUGUGGGACCCUAUGAAGAGGUUCCACAGGGGCCAAGCUGGGGAUCCCUUGAGCCUCAGAAAGGGGCAUCACCCCUAUUUCUACUCAGCUGGGCGCCUUGAGUGUACCUGGCGGGUACACUGGAGUGUGGCGGCCAGUCAGCUUUUGCGCUACAUCGUUAGGCAUGGUCUUCCUCCUAGGUGGGAAGAAAAGGGCACAAACGAUGUGAAGUGGAGGCAGCUGGAACACAAGGGCCCCUACUUCACCCCUGCCUAUGAGCCGCUUCCUGAUGGCGUACGUUUCCUCUAUGAUGGAAAGCCGGUGAAGCUGAGCUUGGCAGCGGAGGAGGUUGCCACCUUGUACGGGAAAAUUCUGCAUCUCGAGUGUACGACCAAGGAAGUCUUCCAGAGGAACUUCUUCAGCGACUGGCGGAAGGAGAUGACAGCUGAGGAGAGGAAGCUUAUCACACACCUUGACAAAUGUGACUUCACGGAGAUCCACAGGCACUUCGUGGAAAGAACUGAGGCCCGCAGGACCCUGCCCAGGGAGCAGAAGCAGAAACUAAAAGAAGAGGCCGCAAAGCUGCAGCAGGAGUUUGGCUACUGCAUUUUAGAUGGCCACAGAGAAAAAAUAGGCAAUUUCAAGACAGAGCCCCCUGGCUUGUUCCGUGGCCGAGGUGACCAUCCCAAGAUGGGGAUGCUGAAGAGGAGAGUCAUGCCGGAGGACGUGGUCAUCAAUUGCAGCAGGGAUUCCAGGAUCCCCGAGCCCCCAGCUGGCCACCAGUGGAAAGAAGUGCGCUCAGACAACACAGUCACGUGGCUGGCUGCGUGGACAGAGAACAUCCAGAACUCCUCCAAGUACAUCAUACUGAACCCCAGUUCCAAGCUGAAGGGGGAGAUGGAUUGGCAGAAGUAUGAGGUAGCACGACGCUUGAAGGGGGUUGUCAACAAGAUCCGUGCUCAGUAUCAGGCUGACUGGAGGUCCCCAGAAAUGAAGAAAAGGCAGCUGGCUGUGGCUCUUUAUUUUAUCGAUAAGCUGGCACUGCGAACAGGAAAUGAGAAGGAAGAGGGGGAGACAGCUGACACUGUGGGCUGCUGCUCGCUCCGUGUGGAGCAUGUCCGGCUGCACAAAAAGGCGGAUGGCCAAGAGCAUGUUGUGGAGCUGGACUUCCUGGGGAAGGAUUCCAUCCGCUAUAAUAACCGCUUGCCGGUGGAAAAGCUUGUGUUCCAGAAUCUUCAGGACUUCAUGAAGGACAAAGACCCGAGGGACGACCUGUUUGAUGCGCUGACUACUGCCAGCCUGAACAAACAUUUGCAGGACUUGAUGGAAGGGCUGACAGCCAAGGUGUUCCGGACCUACAAUGCCUCCAUCACUCUGCAGGAGCAGCUGUGGGUGCUGACCAGGGCUGAAGACAGCCUAACCUCCAAAGUCUUAGCUUACAACCGGGCGAACCGGGCUGUGGCUGUGCUCUGUAACCACCAGAGAGCAAUCCCCAAGACCUUCGAGAAGUCGAUGCAGAAGCUCCAGCAAAAGAUUGAGGCCAAGCAGGCCCAGGUGACUGAGGCCCAGGUGGAGCUGGAGAAGGCCAAGGCUGACCUUAGAAUGCAAGGGGAGAACAAGCCCAAAAGUUUGCUGCAGAAGCAGCGGCGGCUGCUGAAGCUGGAAGAACAGCUGGCCCGACUGCGUAUGCAGGCCACAGACAAGGAGGAGAACAAGCAGGUGGCGCUGGGUACCGCUAAGCUCAACUAUCUGGACCCCAGGAUCAGCAUUGCCUGGUGUAAGAGGUUUGGAGUGCCCAUAGAGAAGAUCUACAGCAAGACCCAGAGAGAGCGGUUUGCCUGGGCCUUCGAGAGGGCAGACGAAGACUUUGAAUUCUAAGCCGCCCCUUGCCCCUGACACUUUCUCACCGUGAGGCAAUGCUGUCGUUUUCUGUAAUAAAAUGUUGGGGGGACAAUGUCUGUUGUGGCCGAGAACAAAGGCCCCAACAGCCUGUCCUUGGAAGCAGGCACCCUCAGCAUGUCCUGACUCCCCCCACCAGGUGCUUGCAGCCCCACAGGCUGAGGCUUCUGCUUGAGGAGGGAGCAGAAGAGAGAGGCGGUGCCUGAAGGCUGGGGCCCCUGGGACUGAUGACUGUAACCAUAGCAAUCCCCAAGGUUACAGCUGUGCCUUAUCAGCUCCUACCUCAGCCACGCUUGAGAUGGAGUCUAGGACUUAAACAUGGCAAACACACAUUUUA